GGGCGGGGCCUCUUCUUUCAAACAGGGAGACAAUGGAGGAAGCUCCAGCAACCUCAUCUCAGUGCGUGACUCACAGCAGCUUCUCGUUAUUUCUAUUCAGGGCUUUCCCUUAUUGCCGCUGACUCCUCCAUCAGAUCGGGAUUCCUGGUACUGGCGUGCAGAUAAUGGAUUUGUCUGUACCUGUUGAAGAUAAUGAACAUGUUCAGAAUACUGAGAGCCUUUGUAGAGAGGAUGAUAUUGAGUUUGUCAGUGAGGGCUCAAUACGACCUAUCCUGGAAUGUAUUGAUUUAAUUAGUAGUGAUGAAGACUCAAAGGAUUCUUUUGUUAUUAGAAAAGCGAAGGACCAUGUUGACCGUCAGAAGGACAGAGUGGCUUCAACUCUUGAUCGCCUUGCGCUACAUGUUGAGGUAGAGAAAAAAAAUAAAGCAGAGAAAAAUAAAGCAUUUCAGGAAAAACUGCAUGAUCAACAUGCACAUGGUCUUCAAGAGCUGGAAUUCGUUAAAGGGCUGCCAGGUACAGAUGCAGCAAGAAUAUGUGUUAAUCAGUGGCUCAAAAUGCCAGGGCUGAAGCCAGGGAUAGUCUGUUCCAGCCGCAGAAAUAAGAAUCGUUUUAGAGAACAAAGUCCUGUCAGAAACACGCCCAUCAUCUGUCCUAUUGUGCACUGCAACAGAAAGUAUGAUAAUGGUCAGCUGCUCUUAGGACAUCUAAAAAGGUUUGAUCAUUCUCCGUGCGACCCAACUAUUCAUCUUCAUGGAGCUCCUUCAAAUUCUUAUGCCUGUGUUGCUUGUCUUCAACGUUUUAAUUCCCCUGAUAAAUAUGAUGAUCAUGUGACAGCAAAGGCCCGACUGGCUGAUGGCCAUGAGAACAAUAUUCCUCCUCAGGUUAUCAACAGUUAUGCGUGUCCCUUGUGUUUUUUACUUUUCAACCUAAGAGAUGAAUGUCUACAGCACAUGUCUGAAAGCAAUCACUUCUUGCGAGCUAUCGAAUUAGAUAAUAGAAGCAUACCAUGUCCAGUACCGUUUCCACGAUAUGCAAAAAAUGUUUUGGUUGCUCUGUGCAAGGACAUUCCAUUCCAGGUUAAAUGCUCAUCCUGCAAUCAGGAACUACGUUCUCAUACAGAACUUUCUGCUCAUUUUAGAACACGGUGCCGUAAUGCUCAUCCUGUGGCUUAUUCAGAACAAAGCAUAGCUGAGGUUGUGUCAGUGUUUUUAAGUAAAGCCUACUGUCUGUCAUGUAGGAAAAUAUUGAAAAGUGACACACACAUUGCUAAGCAUGCCCAAAGAACUGGUCACAAAGCCAAAUUAAUAGCAAGCCUGGAAGAAUCAAUUAUGGCUUUUUGUUACACCCAUGAAGGGAUCAAAACUCCAUCUGAUAUGUGCUUAUCUGCAAGUAGUGCAAGAUUUAAACCUAAUAUGCUUAAAAGGACUUUAGAUGACAAUGAUCAGAGGAGAACGGACUUAUUUAUAAAUGGAGGGAAAAACACUGUUGAAAGUUCUCCUGCAAAGAGGCAAAAACAGGCAAGAGAUCUUGCUAUCACUGUGACAGCAUGGUUUUGUGAAUGCUUACAAAAAUUUCCAACUGAGAAAGAUGCUGAGAAUCACAUAAUGAUAUCUAAUGGGAUUUGUCACAAAUGUUUGGUGUGUAAUAAAGUGGCUAAUGAUAUGAGUAUCAUUCGGCUGCACAUGAGCCGGUUCCAUGGAGGAGCUCAUUUAAACAAUUUUAUCUUUUGGUGCAAAGGCUGUCAUACUGAGCUGCCUAGAAAUGAGAAUAUGAUGGCACAUGUAUGUGAAUGUCACAAAGGUCAUUCAUACUAUUUUGAGCAGGAAACAUGGGAAGACGAACCCUCCACAUCAACACAGAUAUGUAGUCCAUCACAAAUGGUUGUUUCCCAAACAUCUUCCACAAACACAGAAACUACUGCUGGCCACUGGCAAUGCCAUAUAUGCGAAGAGAUGUUCGGUUCUGAAGAUAGUGUUAGGCAACACUGUAAAAAUAUAAGUAUUCAUCAGUUUCACAAAUUCUCGUGUGAUAUUUGCAAAAACCGCUUUCACAAAAUAGAAACACUAUUCCGACAUAGUCAGCAUCAGCACGAUGGAGAGAUAAAUAUGAAAUAUGUUUGUGGGCUGUGUGAUCUGUACUUUGAAGAUGAAAAAGACUUCCAUGGGCACUAUCGUGGUUUGCACAGUUCGGAAUAUGGAUUUGUGCCAGAACAAAUACAAUCUCUUGAAAAGAAUGAAGAACAGUCCUUUUCCAUUCCAGAGCCAAAUGAUAACUGCUUAACCUGUGGCUGUUUAGAAAAUUAUUCAAACAAAGCAACAAAAGAGGAAGAUGGUCGUCUAUGCUUAGAACGAUUGCUACAAAAAGGAAGUCUUUGGUACAGCUGCAGUAACUGUUCAGCAACAGGGCAGUCAUAUGACAUCUUAAAGAUCCAUAGUUGCACGAAUAGCCCACAGCCACUUGAUACCAAUUUUGUUGUGAAGUGCAGCUGUUGUUCCAAAUCAUUUAAAGAUCCAGCAAGCGCUCAGCAGCACUAUCAUGCUAAACACUGCUUCCUUCAAAAGCCUAAUAUUAAACAUUUUAAACCCUUGGAUUCACAAAAGGAGGUUUUUGAAUUUAUGGCCAGUGGGACGUGUGCCAAGGGAAAACAUGGAAAAGCCGUAACCCCCCAUGCACACAGACUGCACGCUAAUACUCCAAAUAAGUGUUCUACUAACUCAAUCAAAAUGGAACAUUCAAAGCCUAGAUUCCGUGCUGCUGAGAACAAAAAGACAGAAGACACCAAAUCAGGGAAAAUGGAUAUAGAAGAAUCCGUCGAGUUGCCUGAUUUGGAGUUUCUCCGUACCAUGACACACAUUGUGUUUGUUGAUUUGGAUAACUGGGCUCAGUUCUUCUCACAUUUGCCAGGAUACCUUAAUCAGGGAACAUUUGUCUGGGGCUUUCAAGGAGGGAAGAGCAACUGGAAGCGCCCAGUUAAGUGCAAAAUCUUCAAUUACCUAUCCAACACUGGUUCGUUCUUCCUUCAUCCCCACUGUAGUGAUCGAAAGGAUGCAGCUGAUUUUGCUAUAUGCAUGCAUGCAGGACGUUUAGAUGAACAGCUUCCAAAGCAAAUUCCAUUUACCAUACUCUCUGGUGAUAAAGGCUUUCUGGAAUUGGAGAGCCAGUUUAAGAAAACUCAGCGGCCAGCUCACAUUCUGAAUCCUCACCACUUGGAGGGAGAUAUGAUGUGUGCACUUCUAAACAGCAUAUCUGAUACAAUGCAAGAUGCAAAUGAUAAAACAGAAGAUGCUCUAACAGAACUGGAUGAAGAUGCCAAUUUGAAAGAAGCUAUCAGAAGAAGUAUGACAGAGAUGUAAAGCAGGAAUAAAAACAUUACCUUAAAAUAGAGCUGCCAUUCCCUUAGAGUAAUAUGGAGCAUGGUAUAUUCCAGAUAUGCGAUUAACUAGCACUUCAGUAAUCCAUCUUAUAUGAAGCCUGUCCUGACACAAACUCUGGUAACAAUUUCCUACUUGUUUGUAUCCAUCUUUCUGGAAUAACCUCUAUUAAACAUGUGCAGGUACAACAACCAAAUCAGGUUUACGUUUUACAUGAAUUUUGCUUUAUUUCCCUGAUUCUGGAAUCAAACUUCAAAUCUUUGAUUUUUCUUUUCUUUUUUUUUAAACUUUUUAAAUCUUACUUUUUUUUCCUGAAAUGUGUCUGCAGGGGGGCAGUGAUUGUCCAUUUAAAAGUGUUUGUCUUUUUUUACCUAUCUAUCCUUUUCAUAUGUGUUGAUAUAUAUUUAAAAAAUAAAUUUAUUUUGAAGAAUAUUGACUUAUACCCUUUCAAGAUUAUUAAAUUAAA